UAUUAUUUUUAUCAAACUAAAAAAUAAUGUAUUAAUUACAAAAUUCGGCCCAACAACCUCUUUUCAACUAAGUACUAACCUUCUUCCCAAGCAAGGAAAUCUGUUUUUCCCUGCUAAAUCUAUACACUACAGAAACCAAACGCUCUAUAUUUUCCCCAUCGAAGCUGCUGAAACAGAAGCAGAGAUGGCAACCACAACGAGAUUGGCUUCGGUAGCUGUGUUGUGGGUUCUAGUUCUUUUUGGAACCUUAGCUUUGAUUCAGAAUCGAUUAAGCGAUGCAGGAGUUUCAGAACCCAAGAUUAAUCAGGUAUUUGAGGAUGAUUCAGAAAAGGUUACACAUAAAGUUUACUUUGAUGUACAGAUUGAUGGAAAAUCUGCUGGUCGAAUAGUCAUGGGCCUAUUUGGGAAAACAGUUCCUAAAACUGCAGAAAACUUCCGAGCCCUUUGCACGGGGGAGAAAGGAACUGGAAACAGUGGGAAGCCUCUCCAUUACAAAGGGAGCACAUUUCAUAGAAUUAUUCCCAGCUUUAUGAUCCAAGGCGGCGAUUUUACUCACGGGGAUGGACGAGGUGGAGAGUCAAUCUAUGGUGAGAAGUUUGCUGAUGAGAAUUUCAAACUUAAGCAUGAUGGGCCUGGAUUGCUUUCAAUGGCCAAUGCUGGGCCAGACACCAAUGGAUCACAAUUCUUCAUUACAACUGUAACAACCAGCUGGUUGGAUGGCCGUCAUGUUGUAUUUGGCAAGGUGAUCGCUGGAAUGGAUGUUGUCUACAAGAUUGAAGCCGAAGGAAGACAGAGUGGGGUGCCUAAAACUAAAGUUGUCAUUGUAGACAGCGGUGAGAUGCCUUCGUAAUUUUACACGCUGGUUUCAAGCAAUUUAAACUUAGAUUCCAUACCCCUGUUCUAAUUGGCAAUAUUUCCUUUAUUUUAAUUGUGCUUUGCUGUAAUCAUUUGGCACCACUCUGAUUACAAUAUUAUAAAUCCUUCCAGAAAGAAACAAAUACGCUG